ACGCGCGCCCUUCCAGCCCUACUAGAGGCUCGCGCAGUAGCCUUGAGCUGCCUAAGGUGGAUAGAUGUCAUCUGAUUGGCUGUCCCGAAAAAUGAAAAGUCUUUGUGAUCCAGGGCUGAGACCCGUGAGGAGACGGGGCGGGAUUUCGGGCGCUAGGAGGCGGGGCCACUUGGCUUUGGGCGCGAGCGGUUAAAAGACAGUUGGUGUCGGUUCGGGUGCUCGAUUGGAUUCCGCGGUCUCAGUCCUCCCCCAUGGCCGACCCUGUGGAGCUGCAGGUUUCUUCGCCUCCCCCGCCUCCUCCUUCUUCUCCCUCCUCUGCAGACGCCUCUGCAGCAUCUUUCCCCGGCGGCCCAGUGAGUUUGAGCUGGCCAGUUCCGAGCGGGAGCAGCGGCCGAAAGGUUGACCCGCUGGAGGAAGUGGAGCUGCAAAUCGGAGACGCAGCCUUUUCAUUAACCAAACUCCUUGAAGCCACAUCUGCAGUAUCAGCUCAAGUGGAAGAGCUUGCCUUCAAAUGUACAGAAAAUGCACGUUUCCUUAAAACAUGGCGGGACCUCUUGAAAGAAGGCUAUGAUUCUUUGAAACCUGAUGACUAAUUUGACAUACUUCGUUGUUUAAUAAUGACUGUAUUACUUCAUACUUCUUCAUAUGUCAUAUUUGUACAUUUACCACAUGUAUAGGAUGACCUCUGUUCAGAAGUUCUGUAUGCACUCAGAAUGAAAUUUUUCUUCGUUUUUGAAUGGAUGUUCAAUCAUAACCGUUGAUUCCAUAACAACUUAAGAUAACAAGAGUUCCGUCCAUUGGCCCACCCGUGUCUUCCCUCUUGACAGGUCUCUGUGCCACCAUUUGUAGCAAUGGCAGUGAGAGACUUGCUCCCGGUAUUAUGUUGGGGUCUUUGAAGCCUGUGAUUGUUGGGUUGGUUCUUUUGGUCCAAUAAUUGGCUACUAUGGCCAGGUUGGGAAAUGUCCCAGGAGUGAGCUCUAGCAUAAUAGGAUGGUGGAGUGCGCCAGGUAGCCCAAACAGACUCCCCAUCUUGUUCUUUGCAUUGGUGAGUCUCUUCUCAAACUCCACUAUGUCUGUGAGGACGGAGGGGAGUACUGGUGUCCCAUCCAUACACAGUUCUAGAAAGGUCUGGAUAGUAAAAACUGUCGUCAUCGGGCUAAACUGUUGUUUAGCAACAAGCUUGACUUGAUCUAAGAGCUCCUUUCCUUGAAUAGGAGAGCAAAUACAAACUCACCAACCCAAGGUUGACUAUUAAUCCAGUCUAUCGUAGGCCCAGCAUUGCGUGCAAUCAGCAGGUUUGCACUUUCGCCAUCUGCUGCCCUGCCUGGUGCAACCAUCAUGGCCUGGAAUCGUUUUUAGACCUGAAUAGGAUUGGACUGGGUCUAAUCACUUGACCCGAUCACAACUCUGAUGAAUAGGUAGCAGCAGUGUUGAAGCAUGGACGCCAUUUCGGUUUUAGUUAUCCGGUCCUGGUCAGUGACAGUCCUUUUAAAGAGUGACUGUGUGGAUGUUUGUUUGCCUUCAACAAUGAGCAAGCUUCUUUCACUCACACCCGCAUCUAUGAGGUCUUCAUGCAGUCCAUCAGUAAGACGGCAAACAAACAAAAGGUUUGGGGUAGCUGGAUGGAAGGUGGCUCGGAAUGCUGGGUUGAACAUAGACUUUGCAUUCCUUUCAGUGUCCUCCAAUCUUCCAAUUCCUGCUUGAGGAUCCGUGGAAUCAGAGGGAAACUGCCUGAAUCUUCCACUCAAUUGUGAUGAGAGUUUCCUACUGGUCGUAUCCAUAGACAUUUGUUGAUCAUCCAUGCUAACCAAUUUGUUGAGUUCUCUUCCUUUUCUUGGCUUUUGUGAAAGCGGAAUACCGAUGCUAUUUUUGAGGCUGACCAGUGCUUGUUUAUCCUUAAGCACUUUCUGCCUCUGAACUUUCAUAGAAUCCUUUUUGAAAGAUAAUCAGUAGAUGGCUAAUAUUAAUAGUGCCAUAGUGCUACCAGUAGCAAACUAGCUAGACCAUUAGUUAUUUGUUUUGUAACAAGAUGCUAAGCAUGGCAGAGUUUGAAGUUGCGUUUCAUCUUAAGGACCAAGGGAGGUAACUUUAAGGUUUCCAAUGGUAGAUGCAGCUCCAUUAGGCUAAGUUGUCUACAGCUAAUGAUUGUGUCUUUAUUCUAUAUCCCCAGCACCUAAAACAGGGUCACACAACACUCACUAAAUAUUUGUUUAAGAGUUAACAAACUUAAUUAAAAGCUUUUUUUCGUCCCAUAUUUAGCAUGAAGACUAAUUGUUUCUCUAGAAAAUGUAUGAGUCUGACCUUUAUUGACUUGAAGACAAACAUUCUUUUUUACGGAGAUUUGGACUUUGAUGAUAGGUUUUAAAAAUGUAUGACAAGUAUUUUUUGUACUUCUUUGAUUUUUUUUUUUUUAAAAGACUUUACUUCAGAAACGGAAAGACUGUCUAGAAAGAAUGCGUAUUUUUUCUCUAUUUCUGUGGUUACUACUUUUCCAGUUUAACAGUGUUUGUAUCUGAUACUUGCAUAUGUUUGAUUGCUGUCUUUAAAGAAUCUUAAGGUACAAAGCAUUGUUAGUAUAUAAGAAUGACGGGGGCGCAGUGGCUCACACCUGUAAUCCCAACACUUUGGGAGGCCAAGGCUGGUGGAUCACGAGGUCAGGAGUUCAAGACCAGCCUGGCCAAUAUGGUGAAACCCUGUCUCUAUUAAAAAUACAAAAAUUAGCCAGGUGUGGUGGCGCAUGCCUGUAGUCCCAGUUACUUGGGAGGCUAAGGCAGAAGAAUUGAUUGAACCUGGGAGGCGGAGGUUGCCGUGAGCUGAGAUAGCAUCGCUGCACUCCAGCCUGGGUGACAGAGUGAGACUCCAUCUCAAAAUAAAGUGCCUUAUCAGAUUUAUGGCUCUGUGCUAUUACUUUCUGAGCUUUGCAAGUUGUGUACAUAAGAAUUCUAAAGAAGUUACUUUGUUUGCAAUGCAUCAAAUUUAAAUGAUGUGAUUGUUUUUGUAUUAUUUGACCUUAGUCUUCUAUUUUGCAUCCUGUAUCUUAUGUUGCUUUUGAUACUUUGUGUGGCGUGUCAACGAUUAAGCCACUAAUUCUCUACCAUAUAUAACUUGUGGACAUCUUUGAUACGACAUCUUAAUUCUUUGUAGAUAUGUACAGAACUAUAUUCUAACGCCCCACAAUGGGGCUAUGAGAGGGGACAGAUGGAUGGGCAAAGAAUAGUUUUGUUUAACAUAUUAGGUCAUAGUUCUUGAUUAGUUUUUUUAAAGAUCACACAUAGGGUGUGAUUUCUAUACCAAAGAUAUGCUUAUUUCAGUAUUAGAAAAAUACUCUUACAUAUCCUGAGAACUGCAAUUUUUAAAAUGUGUAAAAAUUAAUUCUUAUUAAAAACACAUUUUAUUUCCAUUUCUUUGGAUUCAUUGCCUCAAAACUUUUUUAUUUUACAUAUUUCAGAGAUAUAGGAAAGGUAAAUGAUUUCAAGAAAAUUCAUGUAUUUCUACCAUGCAGAUGUAGUAAAUGUUAGCAUUUGGCUGUAUUUUCUUCAGACACACACACCCCGUAUGUAUGUAAUUACAAAUGUUAGAUACAUUUGAAGUUUGUUGCCUCUUUGAUCCUGUCCCCUUCCUAUUUCUCUGAGAGUCCCCAGAAGUAACCACUAGAGGUUGAGUAUUUUCUAGUGUGUGUUUUUAUAUUUUUAAUACAAAUGUAUUUUUUAAAAGUGCUACAAAAUAUUGUUUUAUGUAUGUGGUAGCCAGCCUCCAGAUGGUCCCAGUGAUCCCUGGCCUCCUGGUAUUUAUGCCCCAGUAUAGUCUUCUGCAUUCUACAGUGCUGACUUUUGUAACUACAAGGAUAUUGAGCAAAUACAUUGUGUGAUUUCUGAGGCCGUUAUCUUUUACUCUUUUUUUUUUUUUAAGAGACAAAAUCUUGCUCUCUUGCUCAGGCUGGAGUGCAUUUGCAAGAUCAUAGCCCACUGUAAUCUUGAGCUUGGGCUCAAACAAUCCUCCCGUCUUGUCUCCCAAAGCACUGGGAUUACAGGCAUUUUUUGCUCAUUUUUCUAUUUUUAACCUGUCAGUUUUUACAUAUUGCAUGUUUUAAUACUAAUAAUCUGUUAUAUAUGUUUCAACUAUCUUUUUUAGGCUGGUUUAUCUUUGUAUUUUGGUUAUGAAAUGUUGAAUUUUUAAAUUUUAAUGUAAUCUUACCAAUAUUUCAUAAUGAUUUGCUUUUUCUAAGUUUUGUAUAGGAAAUGUCAUAAAAAUAGUAUUAUACAGCCUUCCAAAAGUUGUAAAAUUUUUUAACAUUUAGAUGUUUAGUUCAACUGAAAUUUGAUUUUGUUUAUGGCAUGAUUUUGGAAUCUUGUUUUAAUUAUUUUUGCAUAUUUAUAGCUAUUCCUUCAAGUAUCAAUGUUUCAAGUGCAGCAUCUGUCAUUCAGUUACCAUAUAAGGGCCAGAUUCUGACCUUUCUGUUCUUUUGAUCUGAAGGAAAUUUGAACAUGCCUUCCCCAAAUAUGCCAAUUUGCCAUAGUGAUUAUUUCGAGCUAAAGGCACUUGAGAAACAGUAGUUGCAGAAAUGGCUAUCUUACCUAUCCUUUCCUACCUGUAGCAAGCCAUACAAACUUCUUUGAGAAAGUUGCUUUCCUGAUUCCAAGAUGAGAAGAUAGCUCUAGUCAGCUGAGACAGCACCAGAGGAAUCUACAAACAAACUUUACUGUUAGUUUCUUGCUGUAUAAAUUUACCUUCUUAUAGUUACUGCCUCUGGAAGCCUAAAACUGCUUUCCUUGUCACACUUCUCUAAAAUUUAUUCUCUGUGGAAGAUGCUAUACAAUCUAGAGUUGUAAGCCACUACUUGUGGUUACUUUUUCAUUGGGUUAUCUCCUGUAUGAUAUACACUGCAAAUAUUAAUAAAAAUUAGUUGUUUUUCUCUUGUUAA